AUGAAAAUUAAAGCUCUUUCUCGGUCUGCUGCCACGCAGCAGACUCCUGGCACCAAUGUGCAAAGGGUGCAGCGGAAUGUUGAUCCCUCCCAGCAUCCGUUUGAACGAGCACGCGAAUACACAAGAGCGCUUAACGCGGUAAAGAUGGAGAGAAUGUUUGCUUCUCCUUUCAUUUCGCAGCUGGGGAAUGGGCAUGUCGAUGGUGUUUAUAGCAUGGCAAAGGACCCAAUCUCCCUCGAAAGAUUCGCCAGUGGGAGUGGAGAUGGUGUUGUGAAGAUCUGGGAUUUGACCACGCGCGACGAAAUAUGGCAUGCGCAAGCGCAUGAGAAUAUUGUUAAGGGCAUGUGCUGGACCUCCGAUAGAAAACUUCUGUCGUGUGCCAGCGACAAGACUGUCAAACUUUUCGAUCCAUACAACACCCCCGCCGAAUCUGCUCCGCUUGCAACGUACCUUGGCCAAGGUGCAUUCACCAGUGUAUCACGCCACGAGACUCACCCAUCAUUUGCCGUGGCUUCAUCCGUCAUAUCGAUUUAUGAUCUUUCAAGGCCGUCAUCUACCCCUUCGGAGACUCUGAACUGGCCUACGAGUACAGAUACCAUUACGUCUCUAGCCUUCAACCGGACAGAGACCUCCAUCUUAGGUUCAACUGCUACUGACAGAUCUAUCGUGAUGUAUGACCUACGUACCUCAUCACCAAUUUCCAAAGUGAUAUUGAAUCUUGCUUCAAACGCAAUAUCCUGGAACCCGAUGGAAGCAUUCAACUUCGCUGUUGCAAACGAGGAUCAUAACAUAUACAUUUUUGAUAUGAGAAAGAUGGAUCGCGCUUUAAACGUUCUCAAAGACCAUGUCGCAGCGGUUAUGGAUGUUGAAUUCAGUCCAACGGGCGAAGAAUUGGUAUCAGCGUCCUAUGACCGUACCAUCAGGCUUUGGAACCGGGAGAGGGGACACUCAAGAGACGUAUAUCAUACAAAGCGCAUGCAGAGAGUUUUCUCAGCAAAAUUCACACCAGACAAUAACUAUGUUUUAUCUGGAUCAGAUGAUGGAAAUAUACGGCUCUGGCGGUCUAAUGCUUCCUCCAGAGGCGGUAUCAAGAGCGCUAAAGAGCGCCAAAAGCUGCAGUACGAUGAGGCCUUGAAACGCCGGUAUGCUCAUAUGCCUGAAAUUCGUCGCAUCAAACGCCAUCGACACCUGCCCAAAGCUAUAAAGAAAGCCGGCGAAAUUAAGGGCGAAGAAAUCAAGGCAUUGAAGAGACGUGAAGAAAAUGUGAGGAAGAACAACAAGGUGGUAAAGCCGCGGCGAAGUGAGAGGGAGAAGAUGGUCUUGGCGACCGAAAAAUAA